UUCAGCAAUUUCAAAGUCAAUUACCUAUGCUUCAAUAUGUCAUUCUUUAACUUGCGUAAAAUAUUUAAAUUGGGGUCUGAGAAGAAGAAGAAACAAUAUGAGCAUGUCCGAAGAGAUGAAAACCCGGAGGAAAUAUGGACCAUUGUCGGUGAAUUGGGAGACGGAGCCUUUGGAAAAGUGUUCAAGGCUCAGAACAAACAAACAGGUGUCCUCGCCGCGGCCAAAGUAAUCGACACAAAGACUGAGGAAGAGUUGGAGGACUACAUGGUCGAGAUUGACAUCCUGGCCUCAUGUGAUCACCAAAAUAUUGUCAAGCUGCUUGAUGCUUUCUAUUUUGAGGGCAAACUCUGGAUUCUCAUUGAGUUUUGUGCAGGCGGGGCUGUCGAUGCUGUCAUGUUAGAACUGGAGAGACCCCUGACGGAGCCACAGAUUAAGGUGGUGUGCCGGCAGACUCUUCAGGCCCUCGUCUACCUCCAUGAUAUUAAAAUCAUCCACAGAGACCUGAAGGCUGGCAACAUCCUACUCACUCUAGAUGGUGAUGUUAAAUUGGCUGACUUUGGUGUUUCUGCUCGAAACACCAAAACUCUUCAAAGGAGAGACUCAUUCAUUGGGACACCAUAUUGGAUGGCCCCUGAAGUAGUCAUGUGUGAGACAUCCAAGGACCGCCCGUACGACUACAAAGCCGAUAUCUGGUCACUCGGGGUCACCCUGAUUGAGCUUGCACAGAUCGAGCCACCCAAUCACGAGAUGAACCCCAUGAGAGUCCUCCUGAAAAUUGCCAAGUCGGAACCUCCUACGCUGAUGCAGCCAUCACGUUGGUCCCCAGAAUUCAAUGAUUUCCUAAAGCGAUGUCUGGAUAAAAAUGUGGACAACCGAUGGAGUGCAGCACAACUUUUGCAGCAUUCAUUUGUGUCCAGUGUGACGGACAGCAAGCCUCUGAGGGAAAUAAUCGCUGAAGCUAAAGCUGAGGUAACUGAGGAGAUUGAAGAGCACAAAGAGGAAGAGGAAGAGGAAGAAAUUGAACCCAAUAUGGGCCAUAAACGUGCUCCCUCUGAUGUCAGCGUUGCAAGCUCUGAAGAUGAGAAGAUUCCACUCUCCCCUACCAUUUUGGAAUCCGUCCCCGAAAAGGGUGAACCACGAUCGCCCAUCGCUGCACCCAAUGAGAUCCCUGUAGCGAACCACGUCACUAGCUUGGUGGAAGAGUCCACUAUCCCGGCAGCUGCGGAGCAUGCAGAAAAAACUCCAGUUAGCGGAAAGCAACUGGUGCCAGAGGAGGUUGAAUCUGGCAGGGCCUUGUCAAUCCCACCUGCGAACGACAUGGAGCAGUUUGCGAUAGCUUCUGAAAACGAAAAGGAUGAUGAAACGGCACAAGUGCCGGCCAAUUCGGACGCUCCGACAGAGAUUCCAAAAGAUGCAGCGUCUCCAGAAAAAAGACUGAUUACUGUAGAGGAAUCCAUCACACCAGCGGAAGAGGACCCAUACAAACAUUUUAAGGUGUCUUUACCAAGUCCGGAUGACUCUUUUUCAAAAGAGCGAGACGAUGAGAAGCCUGCGGUAAAACCGAAUACAGAAGAUGAGAAGAUUCUUCCAGACAAGGCUAAAGAUGACAGUUCAGACUCUGGUAGGAGCUCAACUGCGGAUAAUAGCAGCCUGGAGCUGAAUCUGUCCAUCUCAAGCUUCCUGUCCAAAACAAAAGAGCCUGGAUCAGUUUCCAUCCAGGAGACAAAGCGCCAGAAGAAGACAUUGAAAAAGACCCGCAAAUUCAUCGUGGAUGGGGUGGAAGUUAGUGUGACGACAUCAAAGAUCAUAACCGACAAUGACACAAAGAAUGAGGAAAUGAGAUUCCUGAGGCGCCAGGAACUAAGGGAGUUGCGUCUCCUGCAGAAGGAGGAGCAGAGGGCCCAGCAGCAACUCAGCAAUAAGCUACACCAGCAGAAAGAGCAGAUUUAUCGCCGCUUUGAGCAGGAGACCACGAGUAAAAAGCGUCAGUAUGACCAGGAAGUAGAGAACCUAGAGCGGCAGCAGAAGCAGACCAUAGAGAGGUUGGAACAGGAACACACCAACCGACUGAGGGAUGAGGCCAAACGCAUCAAAUCUGAGCAGGACAAAGAGUUGUCCAAGUAUCAGAGCGUGCUGAAAAACCGCAAAAAGGAGGAGCAAGAGUUUCUUCAGAAGCAGCAGCAGGAUCUUGACGGCGCUCUGAAGAAAAUUAUCCAGCAGCACAAACGUGAGCUGGCCACCAUCGAGAGAGACUGCCUCAACCACAAGCAGCAGCUUCUAAGAGCGAGGGAGGCUGCCAUGUGGGAGCUGGAAGAGCGCCACCUGCAGGAGAAACACCAGCUGUUCAAGCAGCAGCUAAAAGACCAAUACUUCAUGCAACGUCACCAGCUGCUGAAAAGACAUGAAAAAGAGAUGGAGCAAAUGCAGCGUUAUAACCAGCGACUGGUUGAAGAGAUGAAGAACAAGCAGACUCAGGAAAGAGCCAGGCUGCCGAAGAUACAGCGCAGUGAGGCGAAGACGCGUAUGGCCAUGUUCAAGAAAAGUCUUCGCAUUACUGCGGCCGCUCUCACCCUGGAGCAGGAGAGAGAGAAGGUCAAACAGUUUGCAGUUCAAGAAGAAAGGAGACAAAAGAACGAGCGACUCCACCAGCAUCAGAAACAUGAAAACCAGAUGCGAGACUUACAGCUGCAGUGUGAUGCCAACAUCCGAGAGCUACAGCAGUUGCAAAACGAGAAGUGUCAUCUGCUGAUCGAACACGAGACGCAGAAGCUGAAGGAGCUGGAUGAGGAGCAUAUCGUGGAGCUGAAAGAAUGGAGAGAGAAGCUACGGCCCAGAAAGAAGGCCUUGGAAGAAGAGUUUGCCAGGAAGUUGCAGGAACAGGAAAUGUUUUUUAAGAUGAGCGGAGAGUCCGAGUGCCUUAACCCCUCCGCACAGAGUCGCAUUUCCAAGUUCUACCCAAUCCCCAGCGUCCAGUCCACUGGAUUCUAAGGCCGACUCCGCCGCUGUCCACACAGCAGAUGGACUGAUGCAGGUGGGCCUGUGCCUUCCACCGGCAGAAGUUUUUCCCUCCCAGAACACCACUCUUUUCCUGCAGCUAUUUAUAUCACAUUUUAUUUCCCCAUCUGCCAACUCAGAGUCCUUCAGGCGCGGUAACUUAUUGGCUGGACAUUCUUGGGUUGAAAUUAUUUUCACAAACAGUCCUGAGCCUGUAAAUUUGGAAUUUGCAGGCGUUAUGGUAUGUUGGGCUGCUGCUUUUUUUUUUUUUUUUUAAUGGUUUCGACUUUUGCACAAACACACUUAUACAAUUUGGAAAUCACUCAAACAGAUUCCUGCAACGUUAAUUGUUAAAAAAUUUGGACGAAAUCAUAAGAUUUCUGUUUGUCUUGAAUCAAUGAUGAUACACUAAAUUCUAUUACAUACUGUAUCCCUAUUUUAAAAUCUUAUUUGGGGUAUCUAGUUCUACCAAUUGAGCGCUUUGCUCAAAAU